UUGGGUUUUGUCUCCCCGUGGCUAAUCGGAUGGUUUUUUUAUUUCCUCAGUUACCUGCUCUUCACCAUGCCCGAAACAACUCCUGAAUCAACAACAUUCUCGUACAACUACGAAAACUUUCCCAUCGCCUGUGACCAUACGGACAUCUUGGACUUUGGGAUCAUCUUCUUGCCUACUCUCUACUCCCUCGUCUUUGCCUUUGGCCUGGUGGGGAACCUGCUGGUGGUCCUUGCGCUCACCAACAGCAGCAAACACAAAAGCAUCACGGAUAUUUACCUCCUCAACCUGGCAUUAUCUGACCUGCUCUUUGUGGCAACCCUUCCCUUCUGGACUCACUAUAUGCUCAAUGAGCAGGGCUUCAACAAUGCCUUAUGCAAGCUCAUCACCGCCUUCUACUUUAUUGGCUACUUCAGUGGCAUCUUCUUUAUAACUAUCAUAAGCAUCGACAGAUUGGCUAUAGUCCUAGCAGCCAACUUUAACAGCAGGACGGUCCAACAUGGGGUCAUAGUCAGUCUCGGAGUCUGGGCGUCAGCCAUCCUCGUUGCCACCCCCCUUAUGUUCACUGAACAAGUGGACCAUGAGUCUGGAAAUUACCCUGACGUUCUUCAGGAUAUCUGGCCUGUGCUCCAGAAUGUGGAAACAAAUUUCCUUGGCUUUAUGGUCCCGCUUCUCAUCAUGUGCUACUGUUACUUUGGGAUCAUCCGGACAAUAUUUUCUUGCAAAAACCACAAAAAGACAAGGACGAUCAAGCUGAUAUUGGUGGUGGUGAUUGUCUUUUUCCUCUUCUGGACACCUUACAAUGUCAUGAUUUUCCUGGAAACGCUCAAAUACUACAACUUCUUUGAUAGUUGUGAACUGAAGAAGGACAUGAGGCUCGCCAUGAAUGUGACAGAAACAAUUGCCUUCAUCCACUGCUGCCUUAAUCCCUUUAUCUAUGCUUUUGCUGGUGAAAAAUUCAGGAAAUACCUUUAUCACUUAUAUAGGAAGUGCCUGUCCAUCCUGUGUAGCCGUGAUGCCAGUAGUCAGUUCUCCGGCAGAUGCUCACAAGCGAGAAGUACUAUCAUCAGUUUCAGCGUUACUAGCUACACAAGUGACGGAGACGGCUCUAUACUUCUCUGAAAGGCACCUCAGAAUAGCCUCUCUAAGCUGAGUCUCACAAGAAUGGGAGCAGGAGAAACCUCUAUUGUGUCCCCCAAAGAACCCACCUUAUGUUGAGAGGAGAGCAAUCGCAUCUGUUCACGGAAACUGAUACUUUCAAAGGUAGAAGUGUCUCAGCUCCUCUGUGCCUGCAUGCUUCCUCCCAGGGUCUCCCCUCUUCAGUCAUGUCUCUGCACUACCACCUGAUGACUCAUCACUGUCACAUGCCACUCCCUUGCUCAAGAAAUUCUAAGGGCUCCAGGCUGCCUACUGAACCAAGUCCAAACUCCUUUGUCAAGCUCUCAAGGUCUCCCUAAAAAACUGUUCCUGCUUUCAUUAACCAGACUAAUUUUUCCUCACCCUCCAAUAUAGUCCGGGGCAAUGUGGUUUUGUAGCUAGAGCCUUGGACUUAUUUGGACGCAGGAAGUCCUGGCUUUGAAUCUCAUUUUGGAGACUUUUGAGCUAUGUGACCAAGAGCUAGUCAUUUAAAGUCUCUGAAACUCUACUGCUUCAUCUGUUAAAUGUGUGUAAGAAGAGCUCUAGUGUCUAACACAUAAGAUUAGGAGGGUCCAAUGAAAUAAACCACAUGGAUUGCACUGGUAUACCUAUAGAUAAAUAUUUAAACCCAGAGAGACUUACAUGAGUUGAUACAAAGUGAAAUGUACUGUGUUCAAAGUAACAGCAAUAUUGCAAGAUGACCAGCUGUGAAUGGCAUAGCUCUUCCCAGAAAUACAAUGAUCCAAGACGACUCUAAAAGGUUAAUGAUGGAAAAUGCUAUCCAUCCCCAGACAAAGAACUGACAGUGUCUGAAUACAGAUCGAAGCAUAAUUUUUUAACUUUAUU